AUGGAUCCUUCUUGCCAUAGAUAUUGUGACAGUGCAAGCAGAAUAAAUUCAAUUGCAUUUUUAUUAGAGCCAGGAAAGCUUUCUUUUGCAUCCUACUUUAAUAAUGGUAUGGUGCUACAAAAAGCUCCCCAGUCUGCCCAGGUCUGGGGGUACUGCUCCAAACCGGGACAAAACGUCACUGUUACUGUCAACGGACAACAACAUGUAAGGGCAUUUUCUGUGAACUAUCCGAACGUACACGGCGGGGUGUGGACAGUCUCGCUAUCCCCUCAGGAAGGUCCUGAACCAGUCACUAUUGAGGCAACAGACGGACAAAACAAAAUCAAUCUGACUGAUGUUCUGUUUGGAGAUGUUUGGAUUUGCUCUGGUCAAAGUAACAUGGAAUUCACGUUAGAUAUGGCAUUAAAUGCGUCAUACGAAUUAGCAGAUACUACAAAUUAUCAGAAUAUACGGGUUUUCACAGCCACAAAGAGAACGUCCUCAAAUCCAGAAUUAGAUUUACUCCAAAUUGACGAGCCAUGGUCUAAACCUUCCAAAGACAGCUUGGGACAUAAGCCAUGGACGUAUUUCUCCGCUGUGUGUUGGUUAUAUGGUAAAUACAUAUACCAAAAACUGAAAUACCCUGUUGGGCUCGUUGCUUCGUCAUGGGGAGGAACCGCUAUUGAGCUCUGGUCAUCACCUGAUGCACUCAAGCUCUGUAAUACCCCAAACAAGGUGAAAAGUCAAAGAAACGCCAUUUCAAAUUCACAGUUAUGGAAUGCAAUGAUGCAUCCCUUUACAAAGAUGACGAUUAAAGGUGCAAUCUGGUAUCAAGGUGAGGCAAACGCUGGCAAACCAGAUAAAUACAGCUGUUAUUUUCCUACAAUGAUUGAUGACUGGAGAAAGAAAUUCAAUGCUGCAUCAGGAACAGCAGCGAAUUUUCCGUUCGGAUUUGUUCAGCUCGCCCCCAAUCGUAAUGAUCCCUCAGUGAUAACUGGAUUCCCGGAUAUUCGCUGGCACCAAACCGCGGACUAUGGAUACGUUCCAAACUACAGAAUGCAGAAUGUGUUCAUGUCUGUAGCUAUGGAUUUACCAGACUACAAGUCACCGUACGGAAGUAUUCACCCGCGAGACAAAGAGGAUGUGUGCCAUCGUCUUGCCCUGGCAGGUCUUUCCGUUGCUUAUAACAUGCAAGUAGGCCCAUUCCAGGGACCGAACAUCACGGCAUUUUACGUGGACAUCGGAUUUUUUACUGUUGGGUUCGAGUUUGAUAAUGCAGUGGAAAUAGAAGUCAGGUCAAAAACUGGAUUUGAGCUUUGUUGUUCUUCAAAUAACCAGUCGAAAUGUGACGGAACAGACUCAGUGUGGAUGGAAACCCCAAUCAUAAAGGAGGAACCUCACAAAAUAACCGUCUCCUAUAAUGGUACAUGCUCCAACAAAUACGUCAUGGGAUACCGUUACGCCUGGCGAGAAUCCCCGUGUCCCUUCAAGAUGUGUGCCCUGUAUGUAAAGGGCACUGAUAUUCCAUUUUCUCCGAUGUUCGGCAAGGGAUUAAUAAACUCCAAGCACAUUAAAUUUUAUCAGAAUAAAAUUCCAAUAUUUGUGAGAUGAAGAAAAACGUGAAAUAUAAUUUAACUUUC